GUUCGCUGUUUUCAUCAGUCGGCUGUGGUUCUUCAUCUGUGCCAGUACAAAAUUAAGGUUUUUCUCAAGUGGUCGAUAUUGUUUGUCAUCAAAAUCCUUCCUGGCCUCACCUUCAUCGAUGGUGGUGUGAUGUGUUAAAGUUGCACAAAAACAAAAAAAAAGUAACAUCUCGCGCGCUAGGAGAGCAAAAUAAUCGUGUCUCGUUGACGUUAUAUAAGGGAUUUCGUUUCGGUUUUCGUAGCCUUGAUCAUUUCGCGAUUUUCAAUAGUUAAGGUGCUUUUUGUUUUGCUACAGUUGCCAUAACCGCGACAGUUGCCAUCGGGAGUUGUUUGGCUACAGUCUACUAGAUUAUCGCGUUCCCGAGAUUGUUUCGUUCACUAGCAAUAAUCAUGGCAGAUAAGGUUCGCGUCUGUAUUGUCGGAUCCGGAAACUGGGGUUCGGCGAUCGCCAAGAUCGUCGGUGUAAAUGCCAAGCGGUUACCGAACUUCGAGGACCGUGUCACAAUGUACGUGUACGAGGAGGACAUCAACGGCAAGAAGCUGACGGAAAUCAUCAACACCACACACGAGAACGUCAAAUACCUACCUGGACAUAAGCUGCCAGAGAAUGUCGUAGCCGUCCCGAAUGUUGUCGACGCGGCCAAGGAUGCGGACAUACUGAUCUUCGUCGUACCGCAUCAGUUCAUCCGUGGACUCGGUGGUCAGCUGUUGGGCAAGAUCAAACCGACGGCCGUCGGUCUGUCGCUGAUCAAGGGCUUCGAUGUGGCCGAAGGUGGCGGCAUGGAGCUAAUUUCGCACGUCAUCACGAAGCACCUGAACAUUCCCUGCUCGGUGCUGAUGGGCGCCAACUUGGCCGGUGAGGUUGCGGAGGAGAAAUUCUGCGAAACCACCAUCGGCUGCCGGGACAUGAAAAUCGCUCAAACACUGCGGGAUCUGUUCCAGACGCCAAACUUCCGGGUGGUUGUGGUGGACGAUGUGGAUGCGGUGGAAAUUUGCGGUGCCCUGAAGAACAUCGUGGCCUGCGGUGCGGGCUUCGUGGACGGUAUGGGACUGGGCGAUAACACCAAGGCAGCCGUCAUCCGGUUAGGGCUGAUGGAGAUGAUUAAGUUUGUCGAUGUGUUCUACCCGGGCAGCAAGCUGUCGACGUUCUUCGAGAGUUGUGGUGUGGCGGAUUUAAUUACUACUUGCUAUGGUGGCAGAAACCGUAAAGUUUCGGAAGCCUUCGUUAAAACUGGCAAGACAAUAAAGCAGCUUGAAGACGAAAUGCUAAACGGACAGAAACUGCAGGGACCGAUCACUGCUGAAGAAGUAAACUUCAUGCUUAAGAGCAAAAAAAUGGAGGAUAAAUUUCCAUUGUUCACGGCAAUCCACAAGAUCUGCACCGGGCAGGUCAAGCCGCAAGGUUUCCUGGACUGUCUGCGUAGCCACCCGGAGCACAUGAACCAACGAGCAAAACUUUAAAUUCCAAAACACAUUCUAGUACCACACAAAAAUCACAGACACCACUAGACGUACUACGCGUGUGUGCGCUUUUCAUGACCUAUAUAUUGUCCCAUGCACUUAUUCUCCUCGAACAUAGCAAAACGUAAGAUCGCAUGUAGAAGACUUGCAGAAAGUGCACCAUGCAGACUGGUUCCCGAUUCUGUUCGGUAUCUACCGUAAUCAAAAAAAGAAACUAGCGAACUAAGAAAUCCUAUAGCAGCUUUAGGUCAAUUCGUUCCUUUCUCUUCUCUUUGAACGUUAUAGGACUUACAUUUAACCGAAUGUACUGAGUGAAGAAACCGUUGCAUUUAUUAACAUUCGUUCCAUUUGUUGUGUUCCGACAUAUUGUGCUUUAACUAGUGAAAACCAACAACUACAACAACAGAAAAAAAGCGGAUGGAAAUUAUGGUAUAAGAUGAAAAUAAAAAUUAAUUGGACUAUAA